AUGUUAUGGGGUAAUGGCUGACGGGAUGUUAUGGACUUUUGAGAGGAUUUAUGUUUUGCUGAUUACUUUGUGUUUUAGUUAUAGUAACGUUAUAACAGAAACAGCAGUUGAAAAUGAAGAACUAAACUUCCUGGUUGUCGGAGACUGGGGUGGGCAGCCACAUUAUCCCUACAGUUCACGCAUACAGCGGGCAGUGGCCAAACAGCUGGGGAAAGUAGCAGAUGAGGUCAAUAGUCAGUUUGUUAUUUCAGUAGGAGACAACAUUUAUUUUCGAGGUGUCAGGAAUGUGGAGGAUGUGAGAUUUAAGGAAACAUUUGAGGAUGUGUUCACACACGAUGCAUUACAAACACCCUGGUAUGUUAUUCCUGGAAACCAUGACCACAGGGGCAAUAUCUCAGCUCAGAUACUCUACACUCACAGAAAAGACACCUCAGGAAGAUGGUACAUGCCAGACCACAAUUACACAAUAACAGUUCCUAUUGGUAAUGGUGCAGGGAAUCUAACCCUCAUUAUGUUAGAUACCAUAGUGCUGUGUGGGAACACAGGAACUCAUUAUGAAGGGGAACCCCCACUUGGCCCUGCUGAUCCAAAAAAGGCAGAUGCUAUGUGGCAGUGGAUUGAGGAAACUCUGAAAAGUGCCAACAGGUCAACUUAUGUUGUGGUGGCAGGUCAUUUUCCCACCUAUUCUAUUGGUUACCAUGGUCCUACUACUUGUCUAAGGGACAGGCUGCACCCCUUGCUGCACAUAUAUAAAGUAAAUGCAUAUUUGUGUGGACAUGACCAUAACUUGCAGGAUUUAUCAGUGACAGAUCACAACUGGACUGUGAACUAUUUUGUCAUUGGCUUUGGGGCAUUGGUAAAUCAUGACCGACACAAUGCCCCUCAUGUACCACAUAAUUCAUCAAAAUUCUUCUGGUCUGAUAUGCAGAGCCUAGGAGGGUUUGGGCUAAUCCAGGUGACACUGAACAGUAUGAAUGUUACUAUUAUGGAUUCUCUUGGAAAAGAUCUCCACCAUGUGACAAUAUUUCCAAGAGUUUCCAGAAGUUUUGAGGAAGAUCCCAAGGAAGAGAUUAUUCGAAUCCCUCAAGAUUGGCCAAUUAUGUGACUUUCCUUUUUGGAAAUUUUUGGUCACAAUGUGAUAUGUAUUAUUUAGAAGUUUAUAAACAUGUCAAAUGGUUAAUCUUUUAAUAAUGAAUUCAUUCAAUGUCAGUUUAAAUAAUUUUAAGUGGUAUUUUAUUUUUAUUUCUCACUUAUUAAUAAGUCCUGUUAAUGCCUUGUCCAUUUAUUUCUCACUAAAGUGUUAAACUUGAAAAUUACUGAUAAAACACAUUAUCUAACCAAUUCUACAUAAAUGAAUUUUUUGUACGAGUAAAAUGUUUACCUUUUUGGGUACUUUUAUAGAUGUCUCUAAAACCAUACUACAAUACAUAACUUUUCACUUUUUUGUGGAUAUUUGUGAUAUUUUCGGAUAUUAGGCUAUUAAAAGUCUCUAAAACAUCUGAAUCCAAUGACUGUGCCAUGGUAAGUAUGAAUCAAGUAAACAUGAUCUGUAAUUGUUCAUUGUGAUAAGCUGCAGCGUUAUAUUAUUGCUGUUUCCUUGCUACUAUUAUUAGUCUUUCAAGAGUUUCAUUAUCCUCCUCACGGUUCAUCAGAAGUUCACCAGUUUCCACUUUAAAGGCAGUGCUCUCAAAAUAUUUCUUAUGGCUAUCAUUAUAAGCAAUGCAAUUUUCUUGUUUGUUGGUAGGGUGAAGAGUUAAGACAAUAUAGCAUUAAGGCCUAUCAACAUGGGGAUUUUAUAGACAAAGGAAGCUCAUGAUAUAACAUCACGGUUGAUGCUUUAAAAGACCUAGCUUUCUGCAUCCAAAAUACAUAUCCAUUUGGACCGUGCAGGAUGAUAGAUGUGCAUCCUACCCUUUAUUAUCUUGCACUACAUUAGUGAGUCAAAACACCCCAUUCAUCUUCAGGAAUAUUCGUUUCUCCAAUCUUAUGUCAUAGAUUUUAUCCAGGCACUUGUUUUUUAAUGUAUAUGAAAGGCUUCUACACGUCCCUCAGAAGACAACCCAUAAUAAAAAAUAACUAAGCUGACUGCAGAAAAAUCAUUUGGUUGGAAGUUGUUCAAGCAAAUCUAUAGCAUGCCAAUCUGUCAAGAAUUUUGGCUGUGAUAAUUAGUAUUUUCAUCAAUAAUAAGUGCAAAAUGAUGUGACAAGAGGGAACUGAAUUAUCUGGUUACAUCACGUUUUGUGAUUUAGAGUAUGUUCUUGUCAUCGUAAAAAAUUUGCUGGUGUCUUGUUAAAAAUAUGUAAAAUGUUUUAAAAGGUGUGCAAAGUUACAAAACAGUUUUGUGAGUGAUGAACAACGUAUGUUUGUUAAUGUGUAUUUUUAGAUGUUAUUAGUUCACCAUUUUAUUUAUUUAUAUAUUGAUCCACUAGAUAAUUGAUUUAUUGAAUUUUUUGUAAUUAUUACUGAUUAAUAACACUGUUAGCUUGUU